AUGGAGGAUUCUAGUUUUGAUUUGGACUUGGAGUUAUCUUCACUCCCAAAAGAAAAAUGGUUGGGCGAUGAUUAUCUCUUCCAACUUGGAGGCUUUUGGCAUUUGCCUCAAGCGAUCCAAGGUGUAAAUAGAGUUAUUAACCAGUUUCAGCCACUUCCAAGUGAUAUAAUCUUGGCCUCUUUUCCUAAAACUGGCACUACUUGGCUCAAAGCUCUUUUGUACUCAAUCGUCAACCGAUCCUCCAAACAUCGUCUGACUACCGAAAACCCCCACUCGCUGAUUCCAGUUUUAGAGUACAAGACCUAUGGAACAACUCAUGCGUCCUCCACAGCCAACCCACCUUGUCAUAUUAAUGACUCCCGACGAAUUCUAAGCACACACAUACCAUACCAACUCCUAGCCAAAACCCUAGGUUCAUCGGAAUGUCGUGUAGUUUAUGUGACGAGGAAUCCAAAGGACACUCUUGUCUCGACAUGGCAUUUUGUGAACAAGUGGAAGAAGGCGAAGGAGGAGGGAUGGCCGUUUGAAGUUGCAGUCGAGAAAUUUUGCCAUGGACUCAUACCUUGUGGGCCUUACUAUGAUCACGUAAUGGGGUACAGAAAGUUAUGCUUGGAUAGACCAAAAUACGCUCACUUUCUAACCUACGAGGGGCUGAAGAAUGACCCAAAAACUCAUGUCAAGAAGUUGGCUGAGUUCCUUGGGUGUCCCUUUCAAGGGGAGGAUGCGGAGGCGCAAGUGCAAGAUCUUGUGAACGGUUGCAGUUUUGAGGUACUAAGUAAUCAUGAGGUGAACAUGGCAGGGGGCUUCCCAUCAAGAAUAGCAUUCAUACCAUCAAAUUCUUUCUUCAGAAAGGGUGUUGUCGGGGAUUAUAAAGAACACAUGUCUGCUGAGGUUGUCCAGAAAAUUGAUGCAUUAACCAAAGAGAAAUUUCAUUCCUUCGGGUUCAUUUACGGGGUCUAG